AUCCUACUAAAAAUUUUAAUCUUGAAAAUAUUUUAGUGGAGAUAGGGAGAUGGGCACUGGUGUUCAAUGGCGGACAACGAAUGUUAGAUGACGAUUAACAAAGAAAACAGUUCUGUAAACAGAGUGUACAGAAAAAGAACAUUAACUUCAAGACGAGAUCUGAUCCCUACUGGGAAAAGGAAACUGUUUCAGGACUGGCUGUGUAAGGGGACAAUAAAUGCCUAAGAUCUGUAGUUUCCGUCACUUUCCUGGGCUGGACUCUGGCUGCUAUCAAUUCGAGGCAACGAGAUUCGCAUCCUUCAAAACCUGGCCACAGGAUUGCCCUGUGUCUGCCUGUGCUCUGUCCAAGAAUGGCUGGUACUUCAGCGACGACAGCGACGACGAUGGGGCCACUACUUUCUGUUGUAACAAGAGGUGCAAGGACUGGGCCAUGGGAGAUAACCCCAUGGAAAAGCAUAAGCUGCUCUCCCCUUUGUGCCCACUUGCUCGAGGGCAGGAUAUGUGGAGAGCUGAUGGCUUGCCUGUCUUCAACAUUCCCAUCCCUACUGCAGAUGCACCCUGUGUUAACUUCUCCAAUGCCGUGUACAGCUUCGACAACAGAAAUAAUAGGGCAGGUAUGGUGGCAGUGCAAGAGACAGGUGGUCAAGUAGACGUGGAUGUACAGCACCGCCAUCUCUCUGCCGUUGCUCAGCGACUAGGAGUACGUCUGCGAACCCCCAGUGGAGGUGACCCCAGACCUCACCCCCUGCCCUCCUCGGCCGACGGGUCAGCCAUGUACACUGCCCACUGCGAGCCACGUGACGGCCACUUCCCCACCUUCGCGUCGCUAGAGAAACGCAUUUUGACAUUCCAGAACUUUCCCAGAGACCUUCACCUGGACAUCGAGGCCAUUGCCAAGCUAGGCUUCUUUUAUACAGAUUUCAAAGACUAUAUCAUCUGCUUCAAGUGUGCCCUUGGUCUUUUCAACCUAACCCCAGGAGAUGACCCCGCGCUCGAACAUGCGCGCUUGGAACCUUUCUGCUUGCAUUUCCGUUUGGUUACUGGGAAUACGUUGAUUAGAGAAGCUCAGAGAGACAUGAUUGUCACUGGACAGUAGCAGGUGUAUGCAACAGCACCUCCAGGCAGGUGCAGACAUUUUGGUUAAGGUCACAGAGUCCAACUGAAACGAGGCUUGGACUAGGGUACUUCCGUUUUUCGAGAGUAUUGAAACAAGCUCAAGCAACAAAAGGAAAUGGUUACACAGUCCACAUGCAGUAAAGCUAGUCUUGAAGGGAUUUUAUGCCUUUUCUCUGACAGCUCCAGUCAUAUUAACAAGAUUUGAGUCUUCAAUUUGUUGACCUAUCCUGGUUGUGGAUGUUGUCGCUCUCCAACGGACUUUUUCUCUUGCCACAUUUCAUUAGUUACCUCUUAGCAAAACCGUCUCUUGUCAUCUUGUGUGGAGUUGAAGAACACGAUGACGGUUUUUUAAAACAAGUUUUAGGUGUUUUGUGUAAAUACCCGCAAGGUUAAAGCUAACGAGAAAAUCAAAGAGUCGGUGCAACAAAACGUACCCGGUGGUGGGGACACAUGUAAAGCUGGGCACGACAAACUACAAAAUACUUUGGAAAUUGUGAUAUAAAUGGAUAAAAUUCUUUUUGAUGUUUUUUUUAAAUGAGCUAACAUGUCUCAAAACAUAUUGUCGAGAAUCUAUGCUACCUAGCAUUUUUGCGCACGUAGUCAGAAUCUCACUGUGUUAGUUAUUUUACAAGUAUUCCUAGUUAAGAAUAGCAUUAUUUGUGCUUAUUUUUCUGGUUACAUUGCUCGGUGCUGAAAUAUUUGUUUACAUGGGUCUACUCUUUAAAAGAUCUUUUUCAAUAUUUUGUUUAUUUUUUAAACAAAGAAUGCUCUAUUCAUGACAGUUGUUACACCCCCUUCUAAAUUUUAAUUCAGAGAAAUUGGCAGUUUUAGUCAAAAUCCUAUCAACUACACGUGCUUUCAAGUAAUAGAGCAGCUAAAAUAAAAUACUUUGUUUUCAUUAACUCACACCCAUCCAAGCACACACACACACACACACAGACAUUUGAAUGUACAUAUACAUUUAUAAAGAAUUGUGCAAUUCACUGCCAUAUGUACGGCUAAUUACAGAAUGUCAUUUCUUUUUGCAUCCUCUAAUCUUCUAAACAUUUUUAAAAUGAAAUCAUUAGGGAUAAAAAUGAUGCAGUCAAAGUAAGAAAAGUUAAAGGAGAGUGAUUUCAAAGUUUAGGGGAAUGUAGCGUGGUUCAGGAUGGUGAUUAGUUUCUUUAUUACAUCAUAAUCAGGCUUUCACUGAUAUGGGAAUGUCCGGUGCGUUCCUGGGAAAUUGUUAUUUAUAGCGAUCAUCAAGGUUAAUUAUUACAUAAUUUGAUUAGGAAAGAAUAAAUCGGCAAUCAUUUGAGAGUAUCCAAAGUUGUAGAAGCCCCUACAAAGUUUUGGCGGAGAAGCUGUGUCUAACUUUAUUAGAUGAAGACUACCUUUCUUUCUCCACAAAACAAAGACAGUAUCAAACUAUUUAUCGUCAAUAAAUGACUGUUCCUUGUAAAUAGCUCUGUAUAUUUAUACAUUUAGCCAUUAAGUCCGCGUAGCCUAGUUUUUCCAUGCAGCUAUCAUCACUAGUAAAGGUCCCUUUAAAUUAAGACCACACAAAUAAUUUUUGAACAUUAAUGAUCAGAAGCCAAGCAGUCCUGAGCACUGGACUCUUAUGUUGCGAUAACUUCUUGGUGAAUGACAUCAUAGACGGCUAGUUGUGGAAACUCCUAGUACUGAUGGAUGGCAGCUCUCACAAAUAAUCACACUUACAUCUGAGAGAAGAAGAGUGACUGUUGUAAAGACCUCUAGUUCUGCUGGAUGGCAGCUCUUGCAAAGCAUCAUGGACUCAGUACCAAUCCCCUCUUUAAACUGUUGUUCAAUGCUCUAAGUUGGAUCUUGAGUCUCAUAGUCGGUUAAAAGGUUGGGAGUGCUUGUAAGUUGUACGUUGAUGCAGAAGAUGUACUGGGUAAGGUAGGAUGAGGUCUAGAGUACAAGUAUGUCAUAAGGUUAGUAAAUGGUUCUCAUCAUGUAAAUAAACUCACUUUGUGCCUGCCA